AUGGGAAAACUUCUUCAGUUGUUAGCACACCCCACAGAGCUCAAGGCCGUAGUGCAACUCAAAGUGUUCAAGGAAUCAGCUUUUCCUCACGAUCUCUCUGAGGCGCCCAAAUCAUUGGUGAGAUGUUACGAACUUUUGGACCACACAUCUCGUUCAUUUGCAGCAGUAAUCAAGGAGUUGCAUCCCGAAUUGAGAAACUCUACCAUGAUUUUCUACCUUGUCUUGAGAGCAUUGGACACCGUCGAGGACGACAUGACCAUCGAUCCGCUGGUAAAGGUGCCCUUGUUGAGGAGUUUCCAUGAGAAGCUUAAUACCAAAGAUUGGACGUUUACGGGAAGCGGGCCCAACGAGAAGGACAGAGCAGUGUUGGUGGAGUUUGACACAAUUCUAACCGAGUACCACAAGUUGAAGCCCGAGCACCAGGACAUUGUCAAGAAGAUCACGAGGAAAAUGGGCAACGGAAUGGCGGACUACAUUGUCGACGAGAACUUCAACACCAACGGUGUUGCCACCAUUGCCGACUUUGACUUGUAUUGUCAUUACGUAGCUGGAUUGGUGGGUGAAGGUUUGUCUGACUUGAUGGUGUUGGCUGGUUUUGCCGACUCACAGGUGCAGGCGGACGACUAUCAAUUGUCCGAGAGCAUGGGGUUGUUUUUACAAAAAACGAACAUUAUCAGAGACUAUCACGAAGACUUGGAAGACGGCCGUUCCUUCUAUCCGCGUGAGGUGUGGUCCAAGUACACGGAUGCAUUGCCUAACUUCAACAAGGUGGCCGAAGAAAAAGAGAAAGGUGUCCACUGUAUCAACGAAUUGGUGUUGAACGCCUUAGGCCACGUCACAGACGUUUUGACAUACUUAUCGUUAAUCACAGAAUCCACCAGUUUUAACUUUUGUGCUAUUCCACAAGUGAUGGCGGUCGCCACGUUGGCCGAAAUCUACAACAACAAGGAAGUGUUGGAGAAGAACGUCAAGAUCAGAAAGGGUACGACGUGCAAACUCAUUCUCAACUCAAGAACGCUUCCCGACGUGGUGAAGAUCUUCAGACACUACAUGCGGGUCAUCAACCACAAGCUGGACGUGAAGGACCCCAACUACCUCAAGAUCGGCAUCAAGCUCGGUGAGAUUGAGCAAUUCUGCGAGGAGAUGUACCCUAGCCCCGGCGCCAUUCCAGCGGGCGUGACCAAGACGCCCAAACCAAUUGCUGAAAAUAUCGUCAGACGCGGCGACUUUGACAUGAAGGUGGCCAAGCAGGUGAGCAGCGAGCGGGCCAUGUGUGACAUGUCGCUUGUGGCGCUUCUCGUGGCGGUGGUGAGCUUUGUGCGGUGGGUGGCUGCCUAG